AUGGCCGAACAAUCAACCCUCCGCCAAUCGGCCGCAGAAGAGGCCAUCGCCGCCUUCUUCGAGAAAUACACAACCCUCAUCCGCUCCCGCCUCCAAAGCACGUCUCGCACAACUCGCCUGCUCGGAACACUUGCCCUCGCUGCAUCCAUCAUCCUGGGCGCCGCAGGAGGCAGGCGCUGGUGGAGACAGCGCCGCGAGGAGAAGGAGCAGGGUCGUAAGCUCGUCCGCACAAACUCGUGGCUGCACAAUAAGGAUGGCUCCCGCACCAUUUACGUCCCUUACAAGGAUGGCACCUCCAAGGUCGUCAUCCAGACGACCAAGCCGCUGACAUUCGAGGCGCAUCGCCGGCUCUUCCUCAACCCGCCACGGGUAUCCGGUCUCGGCGACGGUACCGUACCCGCGGCGCAGACCAAACCCGGGCUGAACUUGGCUUUCCUGCACCAGUUUCUGAGUCUGAUGAGCAUUAUGAUUCCGAGAUGGUCGAGCAAGGAAGCCGGCUUGCUCUUAAGUCAUAGCGUAUUCUUGAUGCUUCGCACAUAUUUGUCUCUUGUCGUCGCCCGACUUGACGGUGAGAUCGUGCGCGAUCUUGUCGCCGGGCAGGGCAAGGCCUUCCUCUGGGGACUCGUGAAGUGGUGCGGUCUUGGUGGUUUUGCAUCGUAUACCAAUGCGAUGAUUAAAUUUCUCGAGUCCAAGGUGUCCAUCGCUUUUAGGACUCGUCUUACUCGGUAUAUCCACGACCUCUACUUGAAUAACAACCUAAACUAUUACAAACUCUCCAAUUUGGAUGGAGGCGUAGGCCAGGGUGCGGACCAGUUCAUCACACAAGAUCUGACACUAUUCUGCGCCGCCGCCGCGAACCUGUACUCGUCGCUUGGCAAGCCUUUUGUCGACCUUUGCGUCUUCAACUACCAGCUCUUCCGGUCCCUCGGUCCGCUGGCUCUCACGGGGCUCCUGAGCAACUACUUCUUGACAGCAAGCAUUUUGCGCCGGCUUUCGCCGCCCUUUGGCAAGCUCAAGGCGGUUGAGGGCCGCAAGGAGGGCGACUUCAGGAGUUUGCACGCGCGCCUGAUCGCUAAUGCCGAAGAGAUCGCCUUCUACGGCGGCGCCGAUAUGGAGAAGCAAUUCCUCAACAAAGAGUUCAAGUCGCUUAAGAAUUGGAUGGAAGGCAUCUACAUGCUCAAGAUUCGUUACAACAUGCUUGAGGAUUUCAUUCUCAAGUAUAGUUGGAGUGCCUACGGCUACCUCCUGUCGUCGCUACCAGUAUUCCUCCCAGCGUGGGGUGGCCUGGGCGGCGCUGCCGAGCUGGACCAGAACGCUCCGAAAGGCAGCAGGGAGCGUGGUCGUAUGAAGGAGUUCAUUACCAACAAACGUCUCAUGCUAUCACUGGCAGACGCUGGCGGCAGAAUGAUGUAUUCUAUCAAGGACCUAUCGGAGCUCGCUGGGUACACUAGCCGAGUCUACACGCUCAUCUCAACGCUCCACAGAGUCCAUGCCGAUGCCUACUUCCUCCGCGGACAACAAAACGAGCUGUACUCGCUUUCGGAUGUUCAGGGAACCAUCCAGAAGGGGUUCGAUGGCGUCAGAUUUGAGAACGUGCCUGUUGUUGCACCGUCAUUGUGGCCCAAUGGCGGCGAAGAGCUGAUGGAGUCGCUCUCCAUGGUCGUUAGGAGAGGAGAGCACCUUCUCAUCUCGGGACCUAACGGGGUGGGAAAGACGGCAAUUGCUCGCAUUCUUGCGGGUCUUUGGCCAGUGUACCGGGGUCUUGUUAGUCGACCCAAAGAUAUUGGCCAGGAUGGCAUCAUGUUUUUGCCGCAAAGACCAUAUCUCAGCAUCGGCACGCUCCGUGAUCAGGUCAUCUACCCCGAUGGCCAUCACGAUAUGCGCGAGAAGAGAAAGUCCGAAGACGACCUAAAGCGUAUCCUGGAGGAUGCUCGUCUCGGUUACCUUCCCGACCGUGAAGGUGGCUGGGAUACCCGUAAGGAGUGGAAGGACGUUCUCAGUGGUGGUGAGAAGCAGCGCAUGGGUUUUGCUCGUGUGCUGUACCACGAGCCUCAGUUUGCAAUCCUCGACGAAGGAACCAGCGCCGUGUCCCAAGACGUCGAGGGACUGCUCUACGAGGUGUGCAAGGAGAAGGGAAUCACCCUCAUCACCAUCUCAACUCGCGCUUCCCUCAAGAAGUACCACACCUACAACCUUAUCCUUGGAGGAGGAGAACGUGGCGACGAAUGGGAAUUCGAAAGAAUCGGAACGGAGCGGGAGAAGAUGCAAGUCGAGAAGGAGCUCCAGGAUCUCCGGGAACGCCUUGAGCAAGUGGAGACAUGGAAGGCGAGACGGCAAGAGAUCGAGGAAGAGCUCUCGCGCGUGUGGGUAGCUGGUGGUGACGACUUGGACCCUCCGUCAUAUGCCGCGAGUGAGAGCGAAUCGGCGAAGAGCAAGGGCAAGGGCAAUGAGUCGCUGCAGGAUGUGCAGGGUGAUGCUUAA